CGGGAUACUAGAGAGGAUCGGCUCCUCGAGCUGCAAAUCCGUUAAUGGCGUUGACGGUGGCGGCGGGGGAGAGCGGCAGGGGAGCAGAGCAAGAGCAAGGAGGAGGACUCAAGCUGGCGCGCUUCGGCGGCGACGAGAGGAUGAGGCGGCGGGAGCACAUGUUCGACAAGGUGGUGACGCCGAGCGACGUGGGGAAGCUGAACAGGCUGGUGGUGCCCAAGCACUUCGCCGAGCGGCACUUCCUCCCGCAGCUGCUCCCCGCCGCCGGCCUCGCGGCGGCGAGGCUCGCCGGCGCCGUGCUGCGGUUCGAGGACGGCCGCGGCGGCGGGAGGGCGUGGGCGUUCCGCUUCUCCUACUGGAGCAGCAGUCAGAGCUACGUCAUGACGAAGGGCUGGAGCUCCUUCGUCCGCGACCGCCGCCUCGCCGCCGGAGACACUGUCUCCUUCUGCCGCGCCGGCGCGCGCCUCUUCAUCGACUGCCGGCGGCGCCGCGGGAUUCCACCGCCGGCCGCCCCAAAACCCUUCGUGCCAUUUAUGGGACUGGUCGCCACAGCGCAGAGGACAACGUCGGACGAGGCGCGCCGGCGUUUCGUGCGUUUGUUCGGCGUGGACCUCGAGGUCGCCGGCGCCGAUGAGCCGCCGGUACCGCUGGAUCUGCAGCUACCUCUGAUAAGAUGAUACCCACGGCAUCCUCAGUAGAUCCUUUGCUUUAGCAGUCCUGAUUAUGUACAUACAGUAGAUCAUUAAAUCAAGUAGAUCGAUGAUCCAUUUGAUCUUGCCAAGAACCUGUAGUUUUUUCCAAAUUUGACCCUGCAACAUUUCUGUUUCGCA